CAUAGUCUGUAAAGUGCCAUAAAACGCCAUAGAAGAAGAAGAGGAAGAAGCGCCGAGUAGCAGGCCGGGGAUGACACGAAGCUAAGGCUAACUGUAUUUUGUCUGUAGACUGCGUUCAAACGCAAAUAAGAACCAGUGUGCGUCUCAACUUAAGAACAAGCUGCGUGCGAGACAGAAGGUCCUGAAUUUGGGUCCCUGGUCAUUUCCUUGGCAGAUACACCAUUAAUAUCCUAAUGCUUUGAGACAACUGCUGUUUAAAGUUCCUCACAUCAGCCUGACUGCCUACUCACGGGUGGCAGCCCUAAAAAGAUGGACCAAAACAACAGCAUACCACCCUUCCAAGGGCUGGCUUCUCCUCAGGGUGCCAUGACCCCAGGGAUAACAAUGUUCAGUCCCAUUACGUAUGGCUCGGGUCUGACACCCCAGCCUGUACAGAACACAAACAGUUUGUCUAUACUGGAGGAACAGCAGAGGCAACAGCAGCAGCAACAGCAGCAAGCACAGCAGCCAAAUACAGGCCUUCCAGGAACAUCGGGGCAGACCCCUCAGCUUUAUCAUUCCCAGACAAAUGCAGGCUCAACUACCACGGCGCUGCCAGGAAGCACUGGUCUCUACAGCACUCCCAUUGGCCCCAUGACCCCCCUCACUCCGGCUACACCUGCCUCAGAGUGCUCAGGCAUUGUACCAACGCUACAAAACAUAGUAUCUACUGUUAACCUGGGCUGUAAGCUGGAUCUGAAGACUAUUGCACUGAGGGCCAGGAAUGCAGAGUACAACCCAAAGCGUUUUGCUGCUGUCAUUAUGAGAAUAAGGGAGCCCAGGACCACCGCACUUAUCUUCAGCUCUGGGAAAAUGGUCUGCACUGGAGCAAAAAGUGAGGAUGAAUCAAGGUUAGCAGCUAGAAAAUAUGCACGUGUGGUGCAGAAGCUGGGUUUUCCUGCCAAGUUCUUAGACUUCAAGAUUCAGAACAUGGUGGGCAGCUGUGAUGUGAAGUUCCCCAUUCGCCUGGAGGGAUUGGUCCUCACACAUCAGCAGUUCAGCAGCUAUGAGCCGGAGCUGUUUCCAGGACUGAUUUACAGAAUGAUCAAACCCCGGAUUGUCCUGCUAAUCUUUGUUUCUGGGAAGGUAGUACUCACAGGGGCCAAGGUGAGAGCAGAGAUCUAUGAAGCUUUUGAAAACAUAUAUCCUAUCCUGAAAGGUUUUCGCAAGACAACGUAGAAUCAGGAGGUCUUUCUCCAACCUGGUCUCUUAUGUUGAGUUUUAAGCCGCUUUAAAGUGACUCAGUGUUGAACUUUUCACUUGGACAAUGUGGGAUAUUGUGCGCUGGAAUCUCAUCUGAUUUUACUUGUUUUAUUUUAUUUUUUUUCGCCGUGAAUUUUAUAAACAAGAUUUUAAGGGUCCUCUUCUAGUGCACUUGUGACAGAUCUUGGUUAAAAAAAUAAUUUCUGUUUGCUGUACCAUCACAUCCCUAAUUUGUAAAUACAACUGUAAGGAAAUGUAAAAUAUUGAUGGAAAGAGAGGCAUUCUGAAGGGGACUGCUUUUGGUUGUAUUUUAAAGUUUCAACUACUUUUGUACGCUGCAGUUUUAAGUAUUUAAAAAAAAAAAUUUUUUUGGCUCACUUCUAGACUUUUACUGCCUUGAGCUCAAAGCAGCCAACCCAGAGUUUAAACCUUCUACUCACAGUCUAGAGCUUUAAGAGAAGUUCCAGUGCUAAGGUUGGUUUCCUACACCUAAAAGGUUUGAAACAGUUAAUAGUUAAAGUGUUUCAAAUUGUUAUUUGGUUCUAGUCCACUUCAGGUAAUAAUUAAGUUCUAUCUACAUAGUUUUAAUGGUUAAACUUGAACUAAAUAUGUUUUAUAUUUUAAUCAAGACCGGGAGAGUAAAAUGGCUUCUCUGAAUGACACUUGUCCAAACUGAGAUGUGAAGGAAAAACGGCUUGAUUUAUAAGGUUAUUUCAACAUGUUCUUGUCAACCUGCUAAACAUUUGCCAUCAGAUCUGUGGACUGACUAGAUUUGCAGAAACAGAUGUUUUUUUUCUGUCCAAUGCUUCAUCUGAAGUCUUUAAUGUUCUGCAUUGUUCAACAAUAAAUCUGUACAGAAUGACAAUCUU